AUGGACGACCCUCGCUUCGGCGACCGCGCUGCCCGCGGCGAGCGCUUCACCGCCGGCCACCCGCACCCGCAACACUUCUCCUUCCUCAGCCACAUGAUGAACCAGCACCGCGCCGCCGAGGGCGAGGCGCCCGACACCUUCGCCAGCGGCGUGCGCCGCUUCAGCGAGCUCGGCAGCGACGAGGCGCACGAUGAGGCCUCCUUCGUGCGCGCUGAGUCGGCCGAGCACAGCGCGACAGCGGGCAACGAGCGCCCGAUCCACCCGAUGCACAGUCUGCGGCCGGGCAUGAUCUUCCGCGCACGAGAGGCACCCGGUGACGGCAGCGGCAUGCACGCUCGCAUCGUGUCGCUCGACGAGCCGCAGCAGACGGCCGGCGCCAGUCCUAACAGGCGCAACCGCGGCGGCCACAACCGCAAGGCGCGCCGCGAGCUCGAGAAGACGCAGCAGAAGGACGCAAAGGCAGCCGAGGCGCAGCAGCGCUCUGCCGAGUCGGUGCGGGGCCGCGCCGAGAAGCGCAACAAGGGCAAGGAGCCGGCGACGGACAGCGCCGAGGCCGAGGCGCAACGCCGUGAGCCUAUGAGCCUCGCGACUCUUGCCGCGGUGCUGCGUGACCAAGGCUUCGCGCCGGGGGAGAUCGAGCCCGUCGCGGCGCACAUCGAGUCGAUGAUUGAGCAUGAGCGCGAGCUGUGGCAGCACCAGACGCGCUUCAGCCGUGAGGCGGCCCGCGUCCAGCACGGCGACGGCGAAGCACCGGUUGUCUGGACCAAGGGUGCGUCGAGUGGCCCGGACGGCGGCAAUGCUGUGCAGUCGCAGCACGCAGUAAACAUUCACGAGCCUGGCCUCGACGAGCAUCAGAGCCUGCUGCGCGCCAUGCAGCACGCGCACGCCCGCCAGCAGGAGUCGUCGCUGCACGCCGUCCAGAUGGCGCGCAUGGCUGAGCUCGCCGCGCUGUCCGGGCUCUUGUCGAACGACCCGCCCGUCGCGCAAGCUUCGGACUCUGAGCCGGACGAGGCGGAGCGCAGCCCGGACGCUGUCGAGGUCGUCGAGACGCGCUCGAGCACUCCCAGCGUGCGCCCUGAAGUUCAAGGCGCGCCGGCAUCGGGAGACGAGGAUGCCGCCAGCAGCAAGGCGAGCGGCGCUGGCGAGACUGUGUCGGAGGUGGCGCUCACGCCCGAGGAGCACGAGCGCGCACGCCGAGCCGCCAAGCGUGCGCGGCAGAAGAAGAAGGAGCGAGAGGGCAAGAAGGCCCAGACGCAGGCCAACAAGACGGCAAAGGCAAACGACAAGAUCGUCUCGCGCGCAUCUCGCAAGAAGGCGUCCCCGCAGAAGGGCGCACAGAAGUCGGCUGCCUCGCCGACGCUCGCCGCGAGCGAGCAGCAAGACGGCCGCAAUGCAAGCGAGCCGCAGUGCGAGUCUGCUCCGCCUGGCUCGCCUCUGAACUCGAGCCGCGCAUCCACUCCCACCAAGCUCGACGUCCUCAAGAUCCUCGAGCGUUCCGCCGUCAACACACCUCCUCCUGGCGACUUUGAGCAGCCAGGAUCCACGGCUGCAAAGCAAGAGGCUCCGGGCUCGGAUCCGCUGUCGGAAGUCUCGAUUCGCAGUCCCAAGGGCGGCCUCAAGGGUGCCCUCACGGCUCCCUCGACGCCUGCCAACUGGAGUGUGCACGUGCUCGACGUCGACACCGCCGACGUGCCCGAGCUCGAUGCGCUGUCAUCCGAGCUGUCGCAUGCUGCGGCACUGGACCUCGCGUACGAGGAGACCUUUGCGCCUCAUGAACGUAUCCGCGGCAAUCCUCUGCGUGCCGCCCGUUCGUUUCGCAAGGUGCUGAGCGACAGCGCUCGUGGUGAAGAUGACGACGACGCGGAGAUGGAACUGGCUUUCCUCGACUCGUGCGCUGCCGCUGCGUCUGUCAAGCAUGUGCCGCAGGGAGAGCUCGUUUCCGACCCCGACAAUGCUGCAGAGCAGCUGAGCGAAGCUGCUGCCGCACACGCCACCAUCCCGAAUGGCGUGCAGCGUGAUGGCGAGGCCGCGAUCGAUGCCGACUGUGGCAACGUGUCCGACAAUGCGAGUAUCGCAGACGCAGCGCCCGAAGCCUCCGAGAUGCCUCUUCCUCCGUCGAGCCCAAGCGAUGGUCUGGGCUGUCCAGUCACGCCGUUCCCGGACUCGCCGUCCAUGCUGCCAGCCAUGCUUCCGCUGCCGCCGUCGCCGAUGCUCUCUGUCGGCUCCGAAGCGGGCUCUGUAGCAGAGGAGCAAGUCUCGCCAUCGCCGGCGAUGUCGCGCCCUAUCUCGCGUCUCUCGGCUGAGGAGGCGCUUGACUCGCCGCCAAGCCCGGAUGCUGCAGAGGCGCUCGGCACGCCUUCAGAAGCUGACUCGGGCGACGAGGCCGAUCUCGACAGCGAUGACGGACAGCCGCCUGAGCAGCGUGCUCUCGCGGUGCACUUCGAGCGCACAGGAGCGAUCAUCGAGGAGCUGGCCUCGGGCGACGGCAGCCGCGCAGAGCAGCAGCACACUGCCUAUGAUGAGGCCAUUGAGGAGGGGCAGAUCUAUGCUGAGGCUGCGCGUCUUCAAGCAGCCUCGCGUGGCCUCUUCAGCGCCCUGUACCAGCAAGGCCUUCGCACAGCAGAGCUUCCUUCGCAGACCUUCGUCGGCGCAUUCUGCUUCGACCUGACGACGCGUCACGGCGAUGCCGAGUUUACUGGCCUCGACGUCGACCUUGCCGAACAUAGCCUGCACGAGGCGUUCGAGCACGACACGGAGUCGGAGCAGAGUCAGUCGUCGCAGGACGAGCGCGACGACGACAGCUCGUCGGAGGCCGACUUCCGGCUGCCUCGCGGCAUCAGCACCUCGACGAUCGCGCACACGACCCCUGGCGGCAGUCCCGAGUCCACUCGCGGCCGCAAGCGCGGCUCCAAGCUGCUCACCGGCGGAGAAGUGCCGCUCGAGGCCGCGGGUGAGGACGGAGGCAGUGCGGGCCAUGUCACGCCCGACGAGUCGCAGACGUCCAGCAGCGAGACGAUCGAGGGCGACUCGACUUCAGACUCGGACGAUGAGCCUCUUCAGCGCCGCUCGACGGCCCAAGCCGCUCAUGGUGCUGGCCAGGUCGUCAGCGCCUCCCGACAGGCCGACCAGCAUGCCGUGGAGCAGCGCGCUCGCUACGUCGCCGAGCAGCUCAACGCCUCGCUCGACCGCACGCUGGUGCGCCGCACGGGCAGCGUGCACGAGGAGGGCGGCGGCCCGCUGCAGCUCUUCGGCAGCCGCUGGCGCUCGGGCAAGCUGCGCGAGAAGAUUCACAGCAACAGGCCCGACCCGGAGAACCUCGUGCGCAACGACGCUCGCAACUCAGACGGCCAGCUCAUCAACCCCACGGUGCUCAACGAGGUAGCGCCGCUGCGUCUGCACUCGGGCGGCGAGCACAAGUACCUGCCGCGUCCCAAAGUGGCCAAGAACCUGCUUUCGCGCCAGAUCGGCGUGCGCCUGCCCGAGACCGAGCCGGCCGCCGAUCGUUUGCGUCUCAUGCUCUGCUCGACGGCCACGCAACGCGGCCGUGGAGCUCGUCCUUGGGCUGCCUCGGAGACAUCGACGCCGCCCGCCAUCGACUCGCCUCCGGUGCCGGCGCUCGUCGCUGACCGUCCGCCCGACUUGCCCAUGCAGGUGGGCAGCGGCCUAGACCAGCUCGACUGAUCCUCUACAAGCAUUCGCUUCCCAAGGCGCAGCACACUCCCUUUCCCGCACGCACCCCUUUCUCGUCGACUUUCACGCACCUGUCAUCUCUCCCUCCUUGUCCCUGCCAUGCCUUCACCCUCUUCCAGCUCGCG